UUUUGGUUUUGUAUUUGGAAUAUGCAGGUAACCGAGCUCAAGUGUGGUGGGUUGGUUGUGGCGUGCACGUUUGACCAUAGAAUUGCAGACGCCUACUCGGCCAACCUAUUUCUUGUGUCAUGGGCUGAGAUGGCUCAGUCUAAACCCAUCUCUACGGUGCCAUGUUUUCGUCGUUCUUUGCUCAAUCCUAGACGCCCUGGUUCAAUUCAUCCAUCCUUGAACGACAUGUAUGUUCCAGUGACCUCAUUGCCUCCACCCAAAGACCCACAACCUGGUGAUGAUUAUCUUAUUAGCCGCAUUAAGGCUGACCAACUCAACCUGCUCCAAUCACUAGCUACCACAACCAAUGGUUGCAGUAGGACUAAACUAGAGUCCUUUAGUGCCUUCUUGUGGAAGAUGGUUGCUAAACAUGCUAUUCUUAAAAUGGGCGUUGUUGUGGAUGGUAGGACAAGGUUAAGUGAUGGAGAUAUAGACAAAGCUUCACUCAUGGGGUCUUACUUUGGAAAUGUGCUAUCCAUACCUUAUGGAGGCAAGGAAGUAAAUGAGAUUGAUGAAAAUCCAUUGAGUUAUGUGGCCAAAGAAGUUCAUGAUUUCUUGGAUGGUGCAGUGACCAAGGAACAUUUCUUGGGGCUCAUAGAUUGGGUGGAGUCUCAUCGUCCAGUGCCAGGGUUGGCUAAGAUAUAUUGUAGUGGGAGUGAAGAUGGACCAGCUUUUGUGGUAUCAUCAGGGCAAAGGUUCCCGGAGUCAAAGGUGGAUUUUGGAUGGGGUAAGCCAAUAUUUGGGUCAUACCAUUUUCCAUGGGGAGGUGACUUAGGGUAUGUGAUGCCAAUGCCAAGUCCAAGUUGCAACGGUGACUGGGUUGUGUACGUGCACCUCUUGAAAGGUCAAGAAGAAGGUUCAUUUGAGAUGUAUUAG